CGGAAGUGGUUGUUCUUUUCUCUCACGGGUGACCGGGACGUUGGGUAUCUUGGUAAGAGGCGGUUGAGAUCUGGUGCCAUCCGUGGCGCAGCUAAUUUUGGGGAGCUGCCAGCUGUCUCCAGAAGUCGUCGCCAUGCCUCGCAAAAUUGAAGAGAUCAAAGAUUUUCUGUUGACAGCUAGGAGGAAGGAUGCAAAGUCUGUCAAGAUCAAGAAGAACAAAGAUAAUGUGAAGUUCAAGGUGCGUUGCAGCCGCUAUCUGUAUACGUUAGUCAUCACAGACAAGGAAAAGGCCGAAAAACUGAAGCAGUCUCUGCCACCAGGUUUGGCUGUGAAAGAGCUGAAAUGAACCAGUCAUGUCUGGAAUUUUGGCCAUGGAUUGUAAUAAAGAACUGUUCUUUC